ACUAUUGCCUCGGCUGUUGCUGUUUGCAUUUCCAAGGACAGAAUCCAGCUGAACAAUAUAUUCGGGCUGAAACACGUUUGUACAACAUCCUGCUAAUAACUAACCUAAGAAUGAAUCCUGAGUAUGAUUACCUAUUCAAGUUGCUGCUGAUUGGGGACUCUGGUGUUGGAAAGUCAUGUUUACUCCUACGGUUUGCGGAUGACACAUAUACAGAGAGCUACAUCAGCACUAUUGGGGUAGAUUUCAAAAUCAGAACUAUUGAAAUGGAGGGGAAGACUGUCAAACUGCAGAUUUGGGAUACAGCAGGACAAGAACGAUUUCGAACAAUUACAUCCAGCUAUUAUCGAGGAGCUCAUGGGAUUAUAAUUGUCUAUGAUGUCACCGAGCAAGAGUCAUUCAACAAUGUGAAGCAAUGGUUAGAAGAAAUUGAUCGAUACGCUUGUGAAAAUGUUUCCAAGUUACUGGUUGGCAACAAAAGUGACCUUUCAUCAAAAAAGGUGGUAGACUUUACCACAGCAAUGGAAUUUACUGAAUCACUCAAAAUCCCACUCCUGGAGACGAGUGCCAAGAAUGCAAACAAUGUGGAGAAGGCAUUUUUAACAAUGGCCUCUGAAAUCCAGAAGAGAAUCGGGGCGGACAGUGUUCAGAAUGAAACUGUUAAAAUAGGAUCCAAAAUAAACAGCGCCCCCCUAUGGCCUGGUGCAGAGAAGUCAGUUGCUGAGGAGGUCAGCUCUUGUUGUUAGUGAUGCAUAUAAUCCAUGUAAAUUCAAGGUAAUUAGACCCAAGUUUAUAUGUAAGGUAUAAUGUACAUCUAGCCGGUUGUUCUCACAGAUUAAAGCCUGACAGGCUUAUCAGCAGCUGUUGUAUAAAACUGAAGGGCUUUAUUAUUCAAAAACAACACUCUGCAUGUACAUUAUCCAACGAAUUUAGGCUACUUGCCACAAAAGUAAACAAUUAGACACAAAACAUCGAUCUGAGUUGCAAUAAUUUAUUUACUAUUUAACUACACACAAAACUUGCAGAAAGAAAAAAGCUGGAUGCAGCCUACACUAGCCUACUUGUAUUAUUAUGCAGUCACAAGAGAGUCAGCUGUGGUCUAAUGGUUGGAGAAGUCCAACUCUCAAACCAUUAGUUAGAAGGUUGUAGGUUUAGGCCCCUGCAACAGCAGGCAUUAUAGGUGGGGAUGAGUGAAUAACCAGCACUCUUUUCCAUCCUCAGGUGAGGUGGGGGAAAAAAAGAAUUGCCAAACUGUCAAGAACAACAAAGUGACAAAUAGGCAUAUAUAGACAUACAUGCAUACAUACAUAUACAGUCAAGCCUGAAAUGAUUCAUACCUCUGGUAAAUUCUAAAAUAAAAUUACUUAAAAAAAAAA